AUGGCUGGAAUUGGUUGUCUUGUUGAUCUAUUACUCUUCUAUACACUUGAGAGAGUCCUUUUCAAUAGAAUGGUAUGCUCAAUGGGCAAAAAUUCCCAACAAGUCAAGAAAGUUAUUGCCCUUUGGCUAAUGCUUGAAGAAAUUGGCUACCACGACCUAAUCCGGACCAUAAACUCCUACGGUAACACUACCAUAGAAGCAUUAUUUUAUGAGGCAUUGCAGUGCUUAGUAUGCAUACAGCCGAAUUCGGUUCAACCAUUUGAACCAGAUGAAACUCCACUUUUGAUAGGCCUUUUCGACGAGCCUAUGAACUUGAGGUUCUUUUAUUAUAACCGUGGCUUCAUGUAUAAGCGCUACAUGCACAUUAUGGAAACAGUUUGUGAGAAAAUAUUUGGUGAGACCAAGGCUUUAGAAGUUGAUGAGUCAAGUUUGAAGCCAGCAAUUAGCCCCUUUGGAGAAGGGUCUAGUACUGGACAUGAAGGUACAGCAAUUUAUGCUGCAGGGACUUCUAGUGGAGCCAGUGGUCAAGCAAUUGGUGAGACAUCCAGGCAAUCAAGCUUGAAUCCUGAUGCCACCGAAUUUUUUCCUGGACAAACCCCCGAAGAUUCUCGGACAAUGUUCCUAACAUUCUCGAUGGGUCAUCCUCUAAGCCGCCAUGAAAUUAUUGAUUUCUUUACCACGAACUGGGGGGACGUAAUACAGGAUGUUUUCAUCGAACGUAUACUACCAGGCAAGGAUCCACAGUUUGGACGAAUUGUGUUCACUAGUUCCUUGGUGAUACCAAGAAUACUUAAUGCACAAACAAAAGCAAAAUUUAUGGUAAAUCGUAAGCAUCUAUGGGCUCGUAUUUAUGUGCCUCGUCACAGAGGGCUACAGAGAUUAACCCUUCGUCUUGUCAUGGAGGAAAUUGUGGCCUAUAACCGGAAUCAGCAAAGCCCUCCCCUUUCCAAGUCCCCUUGUUUCGACAUUGUGAAUCAGUUUAGGAAUGUGCUCCCAGAUCCAAGUUCUGCAGAAAUGCAAGGGCAAGCAUCAAGGGGUUGGAUAACUACUGGCAUAGGCCUUCUGCUAGAUCUAAAGGAACUUGUAACAAUGAAUGGAAAAAAAUCAAGAGGAAGUUAUUGCAUAAAGCAGCAUUAUAACAGUGGGGACUGGGACCAUGAGUUCUCACAGCCUAAGUUGCAGAAAUUUUCUUCCAUCCAACUGCUCGGAUAUCUUUGUGUGCUUGCAGAUAUCACGCCUGACUGCCGGUCAAAAAAGCAACUGCAGCAUACACAAUAA